AAACCUGAUCUGCAAAAUGGAAUAAGACUGAAAAAUUCAUCUUCUUGACUAGAUUGGGAUGGUCUUUGGUGCUUGUGAAUAGAUUAUCACUGCAACCAUGAGUUCAGAGGAAAAGGGCAUAUCCCCUGCUCACAAAACCUCCACUCCAACCCAUAGAAGUGCCUCCUCUUCAUCAUCCUCCCAAAGGGAAAGUAGACAGAGUGUCCACAUUUUAGAGAGGAAUGCUUCUACUGGCAAUGAGCCAUCUGCAAGCAGGCAGUUACUAGAAACUGAACCCGUCUCACUCUCUAAGGAGGCUGACAGCUGGGAAAUCAUAGAAGGCCUGAAAAUAGGCCAGACUAAUGUCCAGAAGCCAGACAAACACGAAGGAUUUAUGCUGAAGAAAAGAAAAUGGCCUUUAAAAGGCUGGCACAAGCGAUUUUUUGUCCUGGAUAAUGGAAUGUUGAAGUAUUCAAAAGCACCACUCGAUAUUCAAAAAGGCAAGGUCCAUGGGAGCAUCGAUGUUGGCUUAUCAGUUAUGUCAAUUAAAAAGAAAGCUCGAAGAAUAGAUCUGGACACCGAAGAACACAUCUAUCAUCUAAAGGUGAAAUCCCAGGACUGGUUUGACGGUUGGGUCUCCAAACUCCGCCAUCACCGAUUAUACCGUCAGAAUGAAAUUGUACGAUCGCCAAGGGAUGCUAGCUUUCACAUAUUUCCUUCAACCUCCACAACAGAAUCUUCACCAGCUGCUAAUGUAGCAGUUAUGGAUGGGAAGGUACAACAAAACAGCUUCCCCUGGCAGCCACCUAUACCAUGCAGCAAUAGCCUACCUGCAACAUGUACCACUGGCCAGAGUAAAGUAGCAGCUUGGUUACAGGACUCUGAAGAAAUGGACAGAUGUGCAGAAGAUCUUGCACACUGCCAAUCAAACCUUGUGGAACUUAGCAAACUCCUGCAAAAUCUGGAGAUACUGCAGAGAACUCAGUCAGCACCAAACUUCACUGAUAUGCAGGCUAACUGUGUAGAUAUUUCAAAGAAAGACAAGCGAGUCACAAGACGAUGGAGAACAAAAAGCGUCAGCAAAGAUGCAAAAAUACAACUUCAGGAAGGGCCACCUCCGAAGGGCCAAUUCAGCACCACACGGCGCCGGCAGAGGCUAGCAGCAGCAGUGGCUACAACAGUUCCUUUCAGUGCAACAAUGUCACCUGUUCGACUACAUUCCUCCAACCCCAACCUCUGUGCAGACAUUGAAUUUCAGACUCCCCCAAGUCACCUGGCUGACCCCCUGGAGUCGUCCACAGAUUACACAAAGCUUCAAGAAGAAUUUUGUCUCAUUGCUCAGAAAGUGCAUUCCCUUUUGAAGUCUGCUUUUAACAGCAUAGCUAUUGAGAAAGAGAAGCUUAAACAGAUGGUUUCUGAACAGGAUCACAACCAAGGCCAUAACCCACAGAUGGCACGGCUCAGACAAUCGCUUUCUCAGGCACUCAAUCAAAAUGCUGAACUGCGGAGUCGCUUGAACCGAAUACAUUCAGAGUCUGUUAUUUGUGAUCAGGUUGUCAGUGUAAAUAUUAUUCCUAGCCCCGAUGAGCCUGGGGAGCAAAUCCAUGUCAGUCUCCCUCUGUCACAGCAAGCUGCUAAUGAGAGCCGGCUUUCUAUGUCUGAAUCGGUCUCAGAAUUCUUUGAUGCCCAGGAAGUGCUCCUCUCAGCUAGCUCAUCAGAAAACGAGGCUUCAGAUGAUGAGUCUUACAUCAGUGAUGUGAGUGAUAAUAUAUCUGAAGACAAUACCAGCGUUGCAGACAACAUUUCCCGGCAAAUCCUUAAUGGAGAACUUACAGGAGGGGCGUUCCGAAAUGGGCGGCGAACUUGCCUCCCAGCUCCAUGUCCAGAUACUAGCAACAUUAACCUGUGGAAUAUUUUGAGAAACAAUAUUGGCAAAGAUCUAUCUAAGGUCUCUAUGCCUGUGGAAUUGAAUGAACCCCUCAACACUCUGCAACAUCUCUGUGAAGAAAUUGAAUAUAGUGAGCUCUUGGACAAGGCUUCAGAAACUGAUGACCCAUAUGAACGCAUGGUCCUCAUUGCUGCAUUUGCAGUUUCAGGAUACUGCUCUACCUACUUCAGAGCAGGAAGUAAGCCAUUCAACCCUGUGCUUGGUGAGACGUAUGAGUGCAUUAGAGAAGACAAGGGAUUCCGUUUUUUCUCAGAGCAGGUUAGCCACCAUCCACCCAUUUCUGCCUGUCAUUGUGAAUCAAAGAAUUUUGUGUUUUGGCAAGAUAUAAGAUGGAAAAACAAGUUCUGGGGGAAAUCCAUGGAAAUCCUGCCUGUGGGAACAUUGAAUGUGAUGCUUCCAAAGUAUGGAGAUUACUACGUAUGGAACAAAGUCACUACGUGUAUCCACAACAUCCUCAGUGGGAGGAGAUGGAUAGAGCAUUAUGGAGAAAUCACUAUUAGAAAUACAAAGAGCAGUAUUUGUAUCUGUAAACUCACAUUUGUCAAGGUGAAUUAUUGGAAUUCUAAUGUAAAUGAAGUCCAAGGAGUUGUCAUGGAUCAGGAAGGAAAAGUGGUUCACCGUCUCUUUGGAAAGUGGCAUGAAGGAUUAUACUGUGGAGUUGCACCAUCAGCAAAGUGCAUAUGGAGGCCAGGUUCCAUGCCAACCAAUUAUGAACUCUACUAUGGCUUUACAAGGUUCGCAAUAGAACUCAACGAAUUAGAUCCUGUCCUGAAAGAUCUCCUUCCUCCAACAGAUGCUAGGUUCCGGCCAGAUCAAAGGUUUUUGGAAGAAGGAAAUUUAGAAGCAGCAGCUGCUGAGAAGCUAAGAGUAGAAGAGCUCCAAAGAUCCCGAAGGCGAUACAUGGAAGAAAAUCACCUGGAACACAUACCAAAAUUUUUUAAAAAAGUCAUUGAUGCCAAUCAAAGAGAAGCAUGGGUUUCUAAUGACACCUAUUGGGAACUUCGAAAGGACCCUGGCUUUAGCAAAGUAGAAAGCCCUGUACUCUGGUAACCCAAGACUAUAGAUCCGAGUACACAUAUCACACUCUGAAUGAAUAAAUAACUAUGCACAAUGAUGUUUCUUAUAGCUAAGCGUGGUUUGUGGGUCUACAGAAAACUUACCAUUUGCUUUUCUAUUCAUCUUUAUAAUGGACUUUCAAAAGUGCAUUAGACCAGGCCCCUGACCACUUUGGGAUCCUUUCUGUUUUGCUGCAGCCAUACUCCUUAAAACGUCCUCACCCUCGACACACAGAAUAAAGGGAGCAGAUAAAAGUAAUCCAAAGUCCGAAGAGUUUGUAAAGAAAAAAAAAACUGUAACUGGUGCUUAAAGCCAACCUCGAGAGUUCAAAAUAUAUGUAUAAAUGUAAAAAACACAAAUUUGGUCAUUCGCUUGGAAGAGCCAUGAUUAUAUACUAUAAACUCCUGGGUCACAGCUGUGGGUCAGUUCAGGCUUGACGUUUGUCUGUCCUUUGAUGUGACAUGCUUGUGCUGGCCUUGUUAAAAACAACAACAAAACACGAUGCUUUGGGAAACCUGUUCCAUCCAUAUGCCAUUGUUCAUGCCUUAAGAAAUGUGAAGAUGUAAAAUAAAUCAUUUUAAAAUGUGUGCUCUUA